AGUGGCAGUGGCUCUCUCCUGUCAGUUCAGUCAGUUUUAUAAUGGCGCGUGAGUAGUGUUAAGUGUCAAAAAGUUGUGCCUUUUAAUAAAACAUUCAACAACAAAAUUAUUACGAAAACUGUGCAAGAUUUUGUUAUUUAUUAAGAUCGACAUCACUCCGAAGCACUGUUUAAAACUGCACUCAUUUCGCGUCAUCGACAGCCGCUUCUCUACACUCGUAAAACUACAAUAACGUCAUCAACGAAAACGCGCGUUACGAACAGUACCAGUCAUACUCUCAUAAGUACUGCGGGUCCGUUGUUUUUUCAAAAUUCGCGCCGUUUGUCGACCACAGAUCUAGCUCCAUCUGAAAGCAUGUCUUAAGGACUCGCAUGUGGUUGGCUGCAUGACCAACGGACGAGGCGCCGGAAUGGCGUCUUUCAUGACAAAAAAGAAGAAGUACAAGUUUCAAGUUGAGAUAUGUCUCGAGGAGCUGCUGGAAGUGCCGUUCGUUUCGGCCGUGUUAUUUGCUAAGUUGCGGUUGUUGGAUGGAGGAAAUUUUCAGGAUCAUAGUAGCAGACAAGAAGUGCAGGAUCACAAAGUACAUUGGAACGCAAACUUCACCUUUCCCUGUAAGAUGAUGGCCAACGCAUCCACAGGAGUGAUGGAACGAUGCGUCCUUAGGAUAUCCAUAAGGAAGGAAUCGAAAGGUGGCCGGUCGUUCAACAAAUUGGGAUUCGUCGAUUUGAAUCUCGCCGAAUACGCUGGCGCCGGUAUGAUACACAAAAAGGCUCUGUUGGAAGGCUACGACACUAGGCACCGACAGGACAAUAGUAUGUUGAAGUUCAAGAUACAGUUGAAUAUGAUUUCGGGGGACAUACUUUUUAAAGCGCCAUCUCCGUCCCUGAAGCAUAAACCAGUCAAUGUAGAAGAAACGGGGCCAGAACAGAGAUCGGACGAAUUCUCUAGUGGUUCUUUAGCAGGUUCUAUAGCUAGCGGAAGCUCUGGUUUUGGUAGUUUACCAAAGAAACGACCAGCUCUUCUUUCUUCAGAAUUAGUAAUAGGUCAAACCCUUACCGAAAAUAACGCCCAAGUGUCGAUAGCGCCCGACGCUACCAACGAAUCCCAUCCAGUAUCGUCCCUACCUUCGGCUCUUCCACACCUUGACCACGAACCUCAGGAAAUCGCCCUGGGCGAACCAGGACACUCCAGGAACUCUUCGAACACUAGUCAAUUAUCGAAGGCUUCCGGUUAUAGCAGUAUUCAUUCGCAUUCGCAUAGUAGGCAGAGCAGUAGCGGAGACUCUGGACAUAUCAGGAACCUACAUAGCAGAUCGGUCCGGGCAAACAACAAACCCUUAAAUAACUUUAAGCUCAACACUUACCCUAAAAAAAUUAACAUCCCCAACACCAUCCACUCUCCUAACUGCCGAGCGUUCGCGGCUUCCCUCCCGAAGAACAUCGCCACGUCCACUCCCUCCAAAGAUGUACCUGAUGGGGAGUUAAACUCUAUGUACGGAACUCCGAGGUCUUACCAAAGUCAGUUGAGUUAUUCUAGUGCUGAUGAGUAUAAAACCCCAGAAGUUUCGUUUAAUCACAGGUCUGAUGUUUUCUCGCAAAAUUUCAUCGAGUUGCAAAAAUCGUCUUCCACUUCUGUGGUAGAGAGGAUGAAAAACAACAUGCUCACAGUUGAGGAUAUUCAACAUCGAAAAUCAGAUACGACGAGUGAUCGAGAACCUACAACAGACAAUCGAUUAAGUCUGAAAGAAAUCGAGAAGAAUAGGAGAAACCAAGAAGGAGUACUACGUUCCAAAAGCGAAUUCGAAAUACCCAGGAUGCCGGUACAGCCACCUCCGGAGAAAUCAUUCAGUAGUAAAUUAUUCAGUUCCGAAAGCUUAUUUUCCUUCUUAACCCCCAGGCCUAAACGGAAAAGCAUCAGCGAGAACAACAGCCCCCAGCAAAGACACAGUCCUCCUAACCUCUUCAAAGUCCCUAACCCUUUACUUAAGAGUCUGCCCGAGACUCGUACGACUUCGCUGAGCUCGCUACGGUCUGGUCAUUCUGCGAACGAUGGGCUUAGUGUACAGCCCGUAAAAAGGAACCCCAGCGCUGGAAGCCUGGUUAUUUCUGAGACCGGAUCGCUAGACAGAGCAAAGGCAGCAUACGAGAGGCGGAAAAAGAAUCAGAACCAAGAUUCAGACGCCGUGGGAAUACCCGGGAGGGUAGAAAUCACUAGAGUUAAUCCCGACGAUCUCAUCGAGGAAUUAUUGAAAAAUACUAAUUUGGAGCAACCUGACGAUUCCGCAGAAACUUCGGGCCUUCAACUCUUCAUAGCCAAAGACGGUACAGCAGCGCUAGGCAAUCACGAAGUCAAAUCGCAGAUGUCUACGGGCGUACAAGGAUUUAAACAAGUAGUCAUGGACAACAGGUAGCCAAAGUAACGACCUUCCCCAUUACUCGUGUACUAUUGCUACUAUAAUAAAUAAUAUUGUUGUUGGUUUCAACGUUCGUCGUUGAAUUUGUAUAAUCAAUCCAUGUUGAUAUUAUUGUUGAUAUAUAAAAACAUACUGUAGCAUAUGUUUAUAUGCGUAGAUAGUAAGAAACGGCGUUAUUUUGGCAUCGGAUAUCGUAAUUGUGUACUCGUAGUACGAGAAAACUGCAAUAUAUAAAAACGUUAUGGUAAAUGGGAAAUCGGCAUGGAAAGUAUCACUAACAUUGAUUUGACUUUUCGAUUUUCCUUUGAACAUCUAGUGAUUCUCUUACUUUUCCUCAGAUACGCUUUUAUCAAUCAGAAAACUUUUCAUAAGUUCUUCAGAACUUCAAAUGUAAGGCACAAAUAUUAUUCAAAAAUAAGGCACAUGCAUAAUGCAUACAUGAAAUGAUUUUGUAAUACAUUGAUCCCAUAUUAAAAUUGUUGAAGUCGAUCCCAAUGAAAUUAAACCUUUUUGUCUCUCAGUAUCGUGAGCUACAGACGGAUUUCUCAACAUCAUCUUUAUGACUUUGCCAUUAGCUGAGAUAAUGUCAUCUACAGGAGGCUCCACGAAGUUGUUGCAUUUUCGGUACCGUAGAAAUUUGACUUCGUAGUCUCUCUUAUCAUCUUUCAUCUUAUAAUUAACUAGUUUUGAUGGGAAAUAAGCCAACAUUUUACUAAAAAAUGAUUUUAUUAACGUUUCGACGUCCAAAUCGAAUGCCGUUGUCAAAAUACAAAAAAUUUUAAUGAAUUAAACAAAAAUGGUGUAGCUUAGGAAAAAAUUCUUCUAAUAAUUUAUUUAGGGCCAGUAUUUCAAUAGCUACUUAAGCUUUUGCUUAGCUAAGCCUAUGUCAAAAGUUAAGGAGAAGCUUAAGCUGGGUGCCGUAUUUCCAUCACUUCCUUAACUAAACUGAUGCUCAACUGUAAAGUUAAUUGGUUUGGUACCUCUGAAUACGUCAAAAUGCCAGAACUAACUGUUCUGAGGUAAAAACCACUACUGUUGACAUUUAAUUUUAUCUUGUCAUCUGUAUCAAUGUCAUUACUUCACUUAAUUUUGUGUGCAUGGUAUAGUCUGUUCGCUAAACUCAGACGCAACUUUCUAGAUGUUUUAGUCGGUAAUUUUGCCAAUUUUAGUAAAAUUGGCAAAAAAUAAUUACUAAAUAGUUAAUAAUCACUAAAUAGUUAGUAAUUUUGCCAAUUUUUGCAAAAUUGGCAAAAAACAAAAAAAAUAUCGACUAAAAUAUCUAGCCAGUUGCGUCUGAGUUUAGCGAACCGACUAUACGUGUGCAUGUGUUGUUAGUUUAUUGUCUAUAUUUUAUCUGGUUAUAUUUUUAUUGUUGUUGCAUAAGCAAUAGAUCGUCUUUGUAAUUUUGUUUAUUGCAUAUAUAGGAAAUGUCAAAUUGGAAUGUAAGUUUAUUUUUGUAAAAUAAAUAUACCUACCAAGCAUGGUAGAAAUAAAUAAUUUUUAUGUGCCUACACCUUCCAAAAGUAGUAAGAAUUCUAUUAAUCGUUAUUACCAUUAAUAAGUUAAUAGAUUAUUAGAUUAUUAAAUAAUUAAUAAUAAUCUAAUUAAAUAAUUAGAUUAUUAUUUAAUAAUCUAAUAAUAACGUUACUACUCAAAAGUUGGUUUUCAAAAUUACUCUAUAAUUGAUAAUCUAUAGAAAUAACCUCAAAAAACAGAAAACAAAUUUUAAGCAAAGGCUUAAACCAACUCCCGCGUGAGCUUAAAAUUAUUUGGUUUAAGCAUAGGCUUAAGCCUCAAAUUGAAGUGGAAAUACAGGCAUCUAAGCUUAAGCAAAGGCUUAAAGUAAGCUUUGGCUUAAGUGAGGUUCCAAAUACCGGCCCUAAAUCUGACUCAUUUAUAUCGGCAAUUCCGACAUAUAUUAUGAUAUUGCCAAUAUUUAUGAUUUGCGUUCCUGGGACGACUUUACUGAAAGAUAGUUCAUCCGAUUACAUGAAAUCAACCCCAGCUCAAGAAUAUCCGUCACAAAAAAAUCAUAACAUGUGAUCUGUCUUUAAAAAGACAACCACAUGCAACGGUGACAGUAAAAUUCUUGCGUUAGAGAUUCCAUAGUAAAUCGCGAGGGAAAACCAGUAAAAAACCUCGUGAUACUAUCCCGACAUUGUAAGUAUUAGGUCUUCCUUUAGUUUACUCUCAAAACUAAUACCAAAUUCUGACCUUAAUAUGUACAUAUGUUAUUUUAAAUUAUAAAUAAUGUUAAUAAUACAUAGAUAUAUAAAUAAUAUAAUCAGAAUAUCGUAUGGCAUUUUUGCCGGGGAGAUCCUUUCGGAUAAUUCCAGCGCCAAUUACAUCUUUAACGAUGUUUCAAUUAACUAGUGUCGAUGUACACUAGCCCAGGGGGACCGACGGCUUAACGUACUCUCCGAGGUACGGUGAGACGGCUCGUGUCAUUAUUGGAAAUGAAAAUGGUUUGUCUUUGGCAGGGCUCGAACCCACGUGCACUGGCGUAUGAGGCCAGCGAUUAUGCCGUUACUCCACGGCCGCUCACAUAGAUAUAUAAAUAAUACUUAAAUAUACAAUAUGUAAUAACUCAAUAUGUUAUUGACUUACUAAUCGUGGUAUUUUCUUUCUAUUGACUUCCUCUUUUAUUGUGGGUAACCACAUCCUACCCAUACUAAAAGAGGAAGUCAAUAAAAAGAAAAUACCACGAUUAGUAAGUGAAUAACAUAUCGAGUUAGUACAUAUUUUAUAUUUUAGUAUUAUUUAUAUAUCUGUGUAUUAUUAAUAUUAUUUAUAAUUUAAAAUAACAUAUCGUGGGCGUACUGGGAAAAUCCACUAACUCACAAAAGUAAAGUUUUGAGAAAAACGCAUUUAAACAUUAUAAUACCUUUUGGCUUACCUCUUAAAAAUCGGGUACUCUGGCUGUUCAAGUUUUGGUACCUGGUUAUGAUUUUGAAGGAUGUUAACCACAGGUAGUGUGCACAUAAUAUGUACAUAAAAAUAUUUGGAAAAACAUUAUUUUAUUCAUAAAAACUUAGAAAAAGAUGGAGUUAGUUGAUUUUCUUUGUCAUUGAAUGUACCGAUUUAAGCACGGUAGAUGACGAAUUUGGAGAUAUACGGUUUUUUCCUGUUAACAUAUUGAUGUUUGUGGAUUUAAUGGUAUUAAAAUGUCAAAAUUGAAAAAAAUGGAGUUAGUGGAUUUUCCCAGUACGCCCACGAUAUGUACAUAUUAAGGUCAGAAUUUGGUAUUAGUUUUGAGAGUAAACUAAAGUAAGACCUAAUACUUACGAUGUCGGGAUAGUAUCACGAGGUUUUUUCCUGGUUUUCUCUCGUGAUUUACUAUGGAAUCUCUAACGCGAGAAUUUUACUGUCACCGUUGCAUGUGGUUGUCUUUUUAAAGACAGAUCACAUGCCAUGUUACGAUCUUUUUGUGACGGAUAUUCUUGAGUUGGGGUUGAUUUCAUGUAAUCGAAUGAACUAUCUUUCAGUAAAGUCGUCCCAGGAACGCAACUCAUAAAUAGUGGCAAUAUCAUUUUAAAGUCUUUUACUUUAAAAUGCAUAAUAUAUGUCGGAAUUGCCGAUAUAAAUGAGUCAGAUUAAAUAAUUAGAAGAAUUUUUUCCUAAGCAACAACAUUUUUAAAUGUUGAAUGGGUUGCAUGUGAGAGUUCAUUUUAAAUGAACAACUUCUUUUACUUCAACAACAAUUUUGUUUAAUUCAUUAAUAUUUUUUGUAUUUUGACAAUCCGAUUUGGACGUCGAAAUAAUUCAUAUUCUUUUCUUAAAUUCUUUUUAAAAUUUGCAGUUAAUGUUGAUAAAUACUCAAUAUUAAGAAACUACAUUACAUAUUUGUAGGUUUCUGUAGUUAGACGAUUAUGAUGUUCGUUCUGAAAAUGUUAGUGGUAUAAUUCUUGCCGGAGUUUAUGAUACCUUUGAUAAAUUUAAAUAUUUUUCUUUCAUCGUAAACAUAAAUAUUUGAUAGUUUUAUUUAUUGACUACAUCAAAAUGUCGUAAGAUUAAAAAAAAAUCUUAUCUUAGAACCAAUUCUAGACUAGAAAUGUCGAAAUAACGUCUACAAUUAGCAUGAGAGUAUUAUUUAUUGAGAUUGUACAUUAUAUAGAAAUUUAAGCAUACAGAUUGGAGUGUAUACAAUUUUUUACUGCGUUGUAUAGUUAUUGAAAAAAUCGAGUUGUUUCUUAUCGAUAUCAAUAAAUUUAGUUGUUAUUAAUAUCGGUUUUUGUAAUGACAAUAUUGCAAAAUAAAGUGUUAAUACAAAUACAUCACAAUGUCACAUUAGUUGUGAGAGAAAUAAAGAAAAAAUAAUAAUUAUAAGUCUACUUUGUUUUAAUGUUUGUUAUAUAGGGUGUCCCCGAAAAUAGUGCGUUCCUUAAAGGUAUAGGUAGAAGGCACCAUGUAGAGCAAAAAAGUCUUAUAACAUUUUUUUCUAAAUGCAACCCUUUGGCUAAAAAACCAAAAUACAUUUUGGUAUGCAAAUUGAAAUCUGACAACUAUGUAUACAAAAAUCUAAACAUAGCAGGUCUUAUGGUUAGCAGGUCUAUUUAAUAGAAUUAUGGAAAUUGGACAAAUGCCAGACGAAUGGAGAAGCAGUAUAUUAGUACCUGUCUACAAAAACAAGGGAGACAUUCUACAGGGCUAUAAAACUACUUAGUCACACCAUGAAAAUAUGGGAGAGAGUAAUUCAUAGACGGAUACGUGAAGAGACCGAAAUAUCAAGAAUCAAUUUGGCUUUAUGCAGGGCAGAUCAACAACAGAUGCAAUUUUCAUUGUAGGGCAACUGAUGGAAAAAUACAGGAAUAAAGACACCAACGCUCAUAUGGUAUUCAUUGAUCUUAAGAAAGCAUGUGAUAGAGUUCCUCGAGAGAUUCUGUGGUGGGCACUCAAUAAGAAAGGAGUCCCUGGCGAAUAUGUAAAGAUUGUGAGAGAUAUGUAUGAGGAAGUAACGACUAGUGUUAGGACAUGUGUGGGAGAGACUGAUAAAUUUCAGGUGAAAGUAGAAUUGCACCAACGCUCGGUGCUUAGUCCUUAUUUAUUCUCAUUAUCUUCUCUUCUUAUGUAAAGAUUGUGAGAGAUAUGUAUGAGGAAGUAACGACUAGUGUUAGGACAUGUGUGGGAGAGACUGAUAAAUUUCAGGUGAAAGUAGAAUUGCACCAACGCUCGGUGCUUAGUCCUUAUUUAUUCUCAUUAGUUUUGGACCAGAUAACAGCGAAACUACAGGGAAGCAUUCCAUGGUGCCUAAUGUAUGCUGAUGAUGUAGUGUUAAUAGGAAAUAGUGAAAGAGACUUGGAACAAAAACUGGAACAGUGGAGACAAGCUCUGGCGGAGAAAGGUUUAAAACUUAGUAGAAUAAAAACAGAGUAUUUGGAAUGUUCAUUUAAAGAUGGAGUUACUACAAAUAAAAUGGAAUCUUUGGAUGGUGAAAUAAUUGUGAAAAGUAAUAGUUUUAAGUACCUAGGAUCGGUAUUACAGAGUAAUGAAGAAAUAGAUGAAUAUGCAUGCAGUAGAAUUAGGGCUGGAUGGAUGAAGUGGAAAGAGGCGAGUGGUGUGUUGUGUGACAAAAAAAUUCCAAUGAAGCUGAAGGGAAAAUUCUAUAAAACAGCCAUAAGACCGGCUAUGAUGCACGGAACUGAAUGUUGGGCAGUGAAAAAGAAAGAGGAACAACGAAUGCAUGUGGCGGAAAUGAGAAUGCUUAGAUGGAUGAGUGGAGUGGCAAAAAAGGAUAAAAUUAAAAAUGAGUAUAUUAGGGGAAGUCUAGGUGUGGCACCAAUUGAUGCCAAAAUGAGAGAGCAUUGAUUGAGAUGGUUUGGUCAUGUUCAACGUCGAGACGCUAAUCACCCAAUACGAAGAAUAGCUGAAGUGCAGAUUCCUGGAAGGAGUAGGAGAGGAAGACCAAAGAAGACCUGGGGGGAGACGAUAAGGCAGGACAUGUUGGUAAAUGGAAUUAACAUUGAUUUGACCCAAGAUACAAUUGUGUGGAGAAAUGCAAUUAGGGAAGCUGACCCCGCAUAGGGAUAAAGCAAAGCGCUUCCUUAGAGGUCGAACUAAAGAUUAACAUGAACAAGACAAAUAAUGACUGAUCUGGUGCUAAAUCGUAAUGCUGUUAAUUAUGGAAGGGGUAUUGAGUAGACUGCAUUAUAUAACUACUAAGAAAUUAAAUUCGGUUGGACAGAGAUAACCAGACAUGUGAGCUCCCAUGUCGCAUUGAAUUAGCCUGGGCAGCGUUUGGUAAAUCGGACGUAUCCGUAUGCCACAAAUAUCAUACCUGGGCAGCAAUGAUGAAAGGUAUCCCUUUUUUCCCUUGCUCACCUCUCUUCAUCUGCUCUGUUCCUUUUUUUUCUCCCACUCUUUCCCAAUCUCUACAUCCCGUACUAUACAUACUACGUACAUCCCAUAUCAAGAUAUAAUGAUCCGACGAUAGGUUGUUGUUAGUCAAAUUUGAGUAGGGCUUUAGGCAUUUUUUAAGCUUCUGGUUGGGAGAAACAACAAGCUCAGAAGUUUCUGCCCUAGUUUGCAGGUGGCUUAUGAAUUUUCACUUACUUCUUACUUUUUUGUUCGUUGUUCCCUCUCCCCUUUUCCGCUCUCUUCGUUAGCCCAAAAUUGCUCUUCCUCCUGUAGUUUUGUUGUAAAUUACCUUAUUCCCUUAAAUUUUUCACACUGUCUAAAUCAGAUUUUCUUCAUAUGUCUUGAUAUUGUCGUUACAAGAACCAGAAUGAAGCGAGCUAAAGAUUGCAGAUUCAUAUGUUACACGUUGCCAAUUUUUGUGAUAUACUGUUACUAGCGGGAACUUACAUCACACAAAUUUUAUGGUUUUGUUCAUAGGUACAGUUUUUUACGAUAAGAAUGAAAUUACGUCAUUGUAGUAACUUUUAAAUGUCCAACCAUACAGCAAACUCCCUGUGCAUAGAUUCUGAUAAUUACCGUUCUUGAAUCGUUACGCGCAAGCGCAAUAACGAAUAAUUUUGCGCAGUAGCACAUUUUUAGUUACUGCGCAUACUCGUGACCAUUCAAGAACGGUUUUUUGACGGGUUGGAACAAACCUAUAAUAAGUGACUUUUAAUGAAUUAUCAGUUUGCAAAAUAUUGAAGUAUUGCCAGUGCAUUUCUCGCGGCCUUUUGUUAUUGUGUUUGUGUGAAUUGGAGGUUAGGUCGUGUUGGGUAGUAUACCUAUUUACUUUAUCGUUUCAAUUUUUCGGCAAAUUAAACUAAAAAAGUUCUUUUGAAAACUAAUAAAGAUUCCUUUAUACAUUUUCAAAAAUGCCUAGGUCUUUAGGAAAUUGUGCCCAGAAAAUUGUUUUUAAAAGAAGAAAAGGAAAAGUUAGAUAAUGUGUGUUUAAGAAGAAUCGGAAAUGGAAAAAUAUUUUGACAACGACGCACUUGACCAUUGUGUGACGUCAUUUCAUUCUUAUCGAAAAAAACUGUAUAUUGAUUUUCCUAAAGUUUGAGAACUCUCAGGGCAUUAAAGGUAGACAAUAAUGAAAAAUAUAUAAAAACUUAUACUAGAAUCAGUCAAAAUAGUUAAGAGGUUUGCAGUAAAAUAUUGAGAGUUUCCAAACAAAAUUGUGAAAUCAUAAUCAAAAUUUUGUAGCUUAAUCUAAAUGCCCGAUGUUCAUAGUUGCCUCGAUAUUUAUUUCAUUUUUCUUGGAACUAUGGUAAUACAACAAUAUGUAAAUAAUGAACAUUAUAUAUUUACAAGACA